GAUGACGAGUGGCCGGAGCUAAAGAAAUUAGACUCAAAGAGCGCAAAGUACCGGAAAAAUGGUGUAUCUAGAGUGAGGGCAAAGAAAUGGGAGGAGCUACCUGUUCUGUUGACUUUUCCGCGCGAUGCAAUGAGGUCAGAAUCUCCAGGGGAGGCACCCCCAAGUAAUCACCGAGGGGUACAAAAUGGAUCCGAUGACGGUGCUAAAAGCGACGUUUCCGAGAUUCAAACUUUUGCCCCUUCUUCGAAUCUUCCGUCGUCCUUGGCUAAUGAACCCAUUUAUCAUACUGCCUCACGUGCUUGCUUAUUUGUGAGACCGGGAUUCGCAGGUUUUGAAUUGCCUAUGGUUGUGCCCCGUCCUGGAUUUAACCCUGGUGUUUUAUCGCAUUACCGUCACCAUGGCUUACAGCCUCAAAACUGUGACUGUCGUGCAGAGGAUUGUGGAGCGUGUUUGGCGGAAAGACUCUCACGAAUUCGCUAUCAGGUUGAAUACUAUUUCGGGGACAAGAACUUUAUCCGCGACCGCUAUCUACAAGAACAAAUAACGACGGACAGAUACGUACCACUAAAUGUCAUUCUAGAAUUCCCUCGAAUGAAACAGCUUGGCGCGACACCCGAUUUAGUCAUUCAGGCUCAUGUGCAGGCCUGCUGCACAAGCUCUGUAGUUGAACUAGAUGUGAACAAUGGUCGCAUUCGUCGACGUAAUCCUGUAUUAUUCCAGGACCCGUUACUUUCGACAGUCGCGCCUGAAGUUACAACGCCGGUGAGUUUAAAUGGAGUGUCACUCCAUCCAGCUUUCGGAGCUUACGGACCCUAUACACCCAUCGCGGUUUCGAAACCAUCGCCCCUCUCUCUGCAAAGCCAAGCUACCAGUUAUCCUGACUAUUGUACAUCGGAUGUGCUAGAUCCUUCACAGUGUAACAGCCAAUUACACCCUAUUCAAGCUUCCGAAACCGACCUCUCCUGGCACACUGUACAACGGCGCCGGCAUAUACGAUCAAGGGCUUCACCAGUGCCGUCCCAAACUGCAGGGACCCCUCCCAUUUCCCAUCCGAUCCAACGCGUAAUGACAGUGUUAAAUGUCGUUCACGCCUCUGUGCUGACCAAUUGUUCCUUAGCAUCCGUAAGUUUAGGCGCUAUGGAAGUCAGAUUUCUUCCUUUGGAAUCACAUUUGAGCGGUCGACUCGAAGUCGAUGCUCGCCCCACAGACAACCGAAAUCGACUCCUUCAGUUGUGUGCUGAUCAUGAACUGUUUCUGACCUUUAACCGUCGACACAGGAACGAGUCGAUGUGUUCAGAGUUAAGUGACGCAGACGAUGAUGACCUACUGAACUGCUUGAUCGUUAUUGUUCCGGAACGUGCCGGUGAGCGGGAGCCUGAUGUGAACAACCUGAAGUCUCCGUCAAUCAGAAUUUCCUCUCAGCCACCCUCGCAACUUUUAAAUGAGGCUGAUUUUGAAUCGAACUCUUCAGACUCUUCCCCUCCAGCUAGUCCGAUGAAAUUGGGAUCUGCGCCUGUUCCGGUUCCCGCUACAGUAGAGCAUGCAGCAUCCGGAAUAUCUGCUCGGCUCCUGGCCAAACACCCCUCCGGCGAUCGGCAUCCUAAUCCUGAUUAUCAGUCCCGAGCAAAGACGAAUGCCGAUCUUCUUCAGCAAAUUCGACUUGGGCUUGAUGAAUAUGAACGCACUGUCCGACGUAAACGUUAUAUUUCCGUGUGCAAGCUUGGUUUCGAUGAAGAUCUCGAUGCGGAUGAUGGCUCUGACACAAUGGAAUCUACUUAUGACGGUAAAAACGAACAAAGCUGCGGACACUUAGAAAAGGUAAACAUUGUAUCCCCGGAAGAAUUCGCUAGCCUCAAGGAAGCGGCUACAUGUGGUUCAAUGGAAAGUCACCUUCACUCUGCCGGAUAUCCGAGCAACCGACAUCUCCCUAACACAACACUUGUAGAUGAAUCCUCUCGAUCUGUUUUAACGAAUGGUGUUUCACAACAGGUUUCACCAUUUCCUUUCUUCUACCCCAAUACUCUACCUCCUGCCCCUCCCUCGCUUAUCGUCAACACGAACUGGGUACCGCCAGCCCCUAUUCCUAUUUAUUCUGUGUAUUAUCCAAUGAACGGUGUUUGCGAAUCUGGUGUUAAUUACGCGGCUUCGCUCACCUCAAGUCAGGCCGAACAACAGAUAGAGGCCGAGAAUGCAGUGGCUGCCUUGGUCGCGGAAGUUUCCCGCGCUGCUGCUGCUGCUUCCAGCAAGCAAACAAAAUCCAGUUCGAAUGAGAAACACACUGCAAAAAAGAUCACAAAACGCCGUAUGACCGGCUUUUAUCCGGCAAAAGUCGAAUCAACUGGGAGGGCUGAACGCGAUGAGAAGGACGUUGGUUUCGCCUUUGACAUUGAUGCCCGUGCUUCCACUCACCAAGACCGCAACAGUCUGUUGUUAGAAGCAGGGUCGAAUCGAUCGGGUAAAGACCAUGUUGCUUCACGUGGCCGAUCAUCGAGGGCUGUUGUUUCUAUGGCCAGUGACAUCAGUACGUGUGGCACCACCGUCAUAAUCAGUACAGCUCCCGCCGAAGACGAUGAUUCCAUCGAAGCCACAGAAGAUUCAAAUGUUCCGGACACUUCCACAGCACGUGCGCAUUUACCGAAUCCUGCAGUUUCUCGUGCGGGUCCUUCCUCAAAUACCUUUGUGCACCAUAUGAGCCAGUCCUGCUUACAUGCGGGUGGUUUGACUUCUCGUAGCUAUAUGCGCUACCGGGCCGCUUGUCUCGCCGAUCGCGAACGAGUCGGACCGGGACAAUCUGAGGAUAUGAAUACUCUAUACCGGUUCUGGUCUUUCUUCCUUCGAGACAAUUUUUUCCUUCGUAUCUAUCGAGAGUUCCGACGUCUGGCUCUGGAAGACGCAGACGCUGGAUAUAGAUACGGACUUGAAUGCCUCUUCCGCUUCUAUUCCUAUGGUCUUGAGCGACGAUUCAAGUGGUCCCUUUACAAGGAUUUCCAAGAAGAAGUGCUUCGUGACUAUCAUAAUGGACAUCUAUAUGGCUUGGAGAAAUUCUGGGCAUUUCUACAUUACGGUGGCCGCCGAGUUGAAAUGGAUCCGCAACUUGUCAAGCUGCUGAGAAAGUACCGGACUAUCUCUGAUUUCCGGGUUAAUCGCCACCGAGCUGCCGGUCCGGAUGACCUUCCACCCGCACUGUUCAAAGACGGGGGUGAAGUCCUCAGUCAGCAAUUGUCCGAUCUGUUUGCUUGCAUUUGGGAAAAGGAGUCUGUUCCAGACAACUGGGGAGAAUCGGUGAUAGUGCCCAUUUUCAAAAAAGGGGCGCGU